UUAUGAACGCAUCCACAACACAAAUCAAGUUUAUUUUGAACUUUGAACGCGUAUUCAUUCAUUCAGGGCGCACCGGUCGUUCCUUUUAUUCGUCGUACGUUCUUCGUCGUCUCCUCGCUCGCUCUCUCUCACUCCCCUGACCCCUCCCAUUCGUUUAUUGAUAAAAAAAUUUGUUGUGCGUGCGUCGGCUGUUUUAAUUUACUCAUUUGAUAGUAUUCUAUUAUUGUGCAUAUAAUAUUACGUGAAAUACAACAAUAUGUAAGUAUUUAUUGAUUGACUUCUAAAUAUUGAAUUCAUCUGUUUGCUUUCUGUGCAUGCUAAACGAAAUUGUUAUUUUUUAAGGUUAUGAAUGCUGUAUAUGAGAUAAAGAGAGCAUAGAGCAAAACAAUUAUCGUUUUCUUUCGCGCAAAAUUUGAAUGUCUCGGGCCAUAGACAAUUUAUCUCUUUUUUUACGGCUGUGGUGUGGAUUCUUACUGUUUUGCUUGCAUUGAAAAUAGUAUAUUAAGGAAUACAGGAACAGAAUUAAAAAUGCCGCCAAAAAGUCGCUUUUGGGAAUUUUUUGAAAGACUUGAAAAUAAUGAAGCCAGAUGUCGGUCUUGCCAUAAAAUCAUAAAAACUUGUGGCAACACCACAAAUCUUAAGUUGCACAUUGAAAAAAUGCAUAGUUCAUUAUUAGGAAAAAAUAGCAACGAGGAGAACACAGUUCAUAAAACAGGCGUCAAGAGAUCAUUUAAGGAGACAUUCGUAAAACCUGUAAUGCCAACUGCUUCUACUUCUGCUGAGAUAAUCGCACCUGUCUCUGCUUUACAUGAAAAUAGUUCAGUUGAUUCUGAUUGUAGUUUUAAUGCAAGUGACAUAAGUGCAUCGUCUAUUCGCACAAAAAUAUUUCAGCCGACAUUAAAUCAGAGUUUCAGGAGCAUAUCUGAAUUUUCUGAAAAUGGAGCUAAAGGAAUUCGCCUUACAAAUGCUAUCUUGUUUAUGAUUUGCAAAGAUUCACAGCCGUUCCAAAUGGUUGAAAAUGAAGGAUUUCUAAACUUAAUGAAAGCAGCUGCACCUCUGUGUAAAGUCCCAUCCAGGCAUACUUUCAAGAAAAUGCUAGAGAACCGAUAUGAAGUUACACAGAAUCUUUUUAAAAAUAAAAUCAAAGGCCUACGUAGUAAUAUUACCCUGACAACCGACAUAUGGACGGAUACCAUGCAGACUAGGAGUUUUCUUGGUGUCACUAUACACUUUUAUGACGAAGAACGUAUGGCAAUGGCAUCAGUCUCUCUAGGAGUUUAUGAGUUAGCCGAAUCACAUACUGCUGAAUACAUUGGAAGAAUGCUGUUGCAGACAUGUCAUGAAUGGUGUAUAGAUCCAGAAAAAGUAUCCGCUGUGGUAACUGAUGGAGGAGCAAAUGUUGUUAAAGCUGUAGAUAUCUCAUUUGGAAAAAAAUGCCAUAUUAUUUGCUUUGCUCACUUAAUUAAUUUGGUAGCUCAAAAAUCAAUCGCAAAAACAAAGGAAUUGCCAGAAUUAAUUGGAUCUGUCAAAAGGAUUGUCACUUGGUUUAAGCAUAGUGUAGUGGCGAGUGAUGAAUUACGAAAGCAUUCUGAUCUAAAAUUAAUACAAGAAGUCAGCACUCGCUGGAAUUCCACUUUUUAUAUGGUGGAAAGAUUUUUAGAACUGCGACCAAUAAUUAAUCAAAUUGUUAAUUGCCAUACAAGUGCUCCUCCAAUGAUAACUGCAAAAGGUAUUGAAGAGUUGACUGAAAUUUUUGAAGUUUUACGCCCUAUAGAAGUUGCUACUAAAGAAAUCUGUGGAGAAGACUACGUUACCAGCAGCAAAGUUAUUCCCAUAACACGAAUGCUAAACUUAAAAAUGAGCAACAUUAAAACAAACAGUUCUAUGGGUCAGGAUCUUAAGCAGAACAUAAUGACUGAAAUCAGUAAACGCUUGUUACCCUCGGAACAUGUUCAAAUACUUGCUUUAUCUACAUUGCUAGACCCAAGGUUCAAAAAUAUUCACUUUCAAGACCGCGUAGCAUGUUCGAAAGCAAUCAAAUUAGUCAAAGAAUUACUAACUACUACAACGGAAGCAGAAGUAAUUGAAGAAGUUAUGAGUGGUUCGCCAGAUCCAACAGAAGAAUUUAAUUUGUGGAGCGAACAUUAUAAACUUGUAAAUGUCAAAAACUCUACGCCGUCCCCUCAUGAUCACGAAAUGCCUUCCGAGUUAAGCUACUUUUUGAAAAAUACAGUAUCUGAUCUUAAACAAGAUCCUAUCCAAGUUUGGAAUAAUGUCAUCGGUUCCACUUACCCGAAAUUAAAAAUAAUAGCGCUGUAA